AUGCAACCCUCGGAUAUGGUCGAGACUGAGUCCCCCUCACAGCAAUCUGGGUGGCGCAUCCCCAAAGCCUGCCAAGAAUGCCGGAAACGCAAGAUAAAGUGCAACGGCGAAACCCCCUGCAAGACCUGCCAGCUGCGCAACACACCGUGUCUAUACCGAGAUGUCACUCGGUCGCGCAAGAGAAAACAGCAUUAUGAAGAGAGAGAAAGCACCAGUGAGGCUCCAGGGCCGACUGGGCCCUCUCGGCCCGAGUCUCUGCAGCCGCCCGCGUCCCACCGACCCGAUCCCCCACUGGGCUUCAACAACAGCGUCUCAGCCACGCAUAUGGCGUCGCCUUCGAGCAAGGUGCAGCUGUACUACGGUAGUACAUCGCACUUUGCACUGAUCAAUGAGAUUCACCGGGAUCUGACCGCCCAUCCUGCUAUCCGCGCCCCCGGUCAGGGUCGCGUGGAGGAAGCCGGAGCGGGGCUGGACAUGCUCAGUUUCCGUUGCAUAUACUUUGGCAUUCCUCUAGACUCGAAUGCUCCCUCUGUACCGGACACGAAAGACCCCCAGCUCAUGUUUCUGCCCUACCACCUUGCUAGCGAAUUUCUACAAGGGUUCCUCUACUCUUUACAUGGAUUGAUGCCGAUCUGGUCUGAUGAAACCUUUCAGCGGCGUCUCGAGCAGCUGUAUGAUACGCGAGCUCCCACGAAUAUUGAUCAGUCCGACGGUGUAUUGCUUAUGGCAUUAGCCAUGGGCUCCUGUGUGACUGAACACCAUGCGUGGGGCGAUAUUUUAUAUGAGCGGGUCAAGGCUACUUGCAAUCCAUAUGAUGACAACGUCACACUUCAAAGCGUCCAGCUUUCCUUGAUUAUGAUACGUUCCCUCAUUCCUGACUAA